GCAUCGCCUCUCUUCCUACUUCAGCUGCUUUUCUCAUUUUAUCUCUCUCUCUCUUUCUUCUUCACUCUCAGAUACCUUUUUUUGAAGCUUCGAACACAAAAAAGCUCUCAGAUCCACAAGAGUCAAGAGACUCCAUCUCUUCUUUGAUCUUGGUUUAUGAGCUCGAAGGAGAAACCCACUCUCGGAGGCACGCGGAUUAAGACCCGCAAACGGAAUAUUGCUGCUCCUCUGGACCCUGCAGCUUUUUCUGAUGCAGUGGUCCAGAUUUACCUGGAUAAUGCUGGUGAUCUGGAACUUGUUGCCAAAAGUAUUGAGUCAUCAGAUCUUAAUUUCACAAGAUAUGGUGACAUCUUCUUCGAGGUUAUUUUCAUAGGAGGACGCACACAACCUGGAACAGUGAAAUCUGAUGAAGGAGAACGCCAUACUUACUCUGUAAUUGACUGUGAACCAAAGCGUGAAGCCAUUUUACCAUCUGUUGUCUAUAUACAGAAAAUUCUGCGGAGGAAGCCUUUCCUCAUAAAGAACCUUGAAAAUGUUACUCGGAGAUUCCUGCAGUCACUGGAGCUUUUUGAGGAAAAUGAAAGGAAGAAGCUUGCUAUCUUCACAGCGCUUGCCUUUUCCCAGAAGCUCUCAGGAUUACCUCCGGAAACCGUCUUCCAGCCUUUGCUCAAGGAUAAUCUUGUUGCCAAAGGGAUAGUGCUCUCGUUCGUAACAGACUUCUUUAAGGAGUAUUUGGUUGAGAACAGUCUUGAAGACUUGAUAUCUAUUCUGAGGCGUGGCAAAAUGGAAGAUAACCUUAUGGAUUUCCUACCGCCUGUAAGGCGAACUGCUGAAAGUUUUGCGGAGCAUUUCACGAAUGAGGGGUUGACCGAUCUAGUAGAGUACCAUUCAAAGAAAAUGUUCGAGGUGAAACUGAGGGAGAUCAAAACCGUCCUUACAAGCAAGGUCACUGAGGAGGAGACUAAUGUAGAUGAAGUCAUUGAAUCGGUGAAACAACAGGUCAAAGAUGCUAAGCUCCCUGACAUUGAGGUUGUGCGUGUCGUUUGGGAUGGUUUAAUGGAUGCUGUUCAGUGGUCUGGAAAAAACCAGCAGCAAAAUGCAAAUUCUGUUCUGCGCCAGGUGAAAACAUGGGCUCCGCUUCUGAAUACUAUCUGCAGCAGUGGAAAGCUAGAGCUGGAGCUGAUGUACAAAGUCCAAAUGCAAUGCUAUGAGGAUGCAAAGCUUAUGAAAGUUUUCCCAGAAGUAGUGAGGUCGCUCUAUGAACUCGAUGUCCUCGCUGAAGACACUAUUCUCCACUGGUUCCGUAAAGGAACCAACUCAAAGGGCAGGCAAACCUUUGUGAAAAGCUUAGAGCCAUUUGUGAAUUGGCUGGAAGAGGCGGAGGAAGAAGAGUGAGUGAUGAUCGAUGGUAUCCUAAUAAACAAGCAAUGAAGACAAUAAUAAUAAUUCCGAGUUUCUUCUAUCCUUCAACAACCUUUGCUUUGUAUUUACUUUGAGAUUGAUUAUUGUGUUUCUUUUUCUUUCUUUUUUUUUUUUUUUGGUUUUGAACUUUUGAUGACUGUCUGUUUCCUCAUAUCGAUUUUGGAUUCUUUUGCAAACGGAUUUAGGCAAAAGCAAAAUCUGCUUUAUUAUGGUUAUUUCGGUUUUUAGUUGAUUCA